AUGGUGCAAGCGCCCAUGAUAUCCAGUCCGCUCAAGACAACAUCGGAGGUGAGCUGGGAGGAGCCCCUGUCUCAGUAUAUACGCACAAGCUAUGGAGACGACCCCAGCAAAUAUCGUGAAGAGAUUGGAACGCUGAACAGGUUACGGCAAGACAUGAGGGGGGCUGGCGCCGACUCAGCAUCGGGAAGGGACCUGCUUUACAGAUACUAUGGGCAACUAGAGCUGCUGGACCUCCGGUUCCCUAUCGACGAAGCACACAUCAAAAUCUCAUUUCAGUGGUUUGACGCUUUCACCCGCGCCUCCACGUCGCAAUACUCACUGGCCUUCGAGAAGGCAUCCGUCAUCUUCAACAUAGCCGCUGUCUUGUCCUGCCAUGCAGCCGCUCAGAAUCGCUCCGAGGACAAGGACCUCAAGACAGCCUAUCAUUCGUUUCAGGCAUCUGCUGGCAUGUUCACCUAUAUCAACGAAAACUUCCUCCACGCACCCUCCACUGAUUUGAACCGGGAGACCAUUAAAACCCUCAUCAACAUUGUUCUAGGUCAGGCGCAGGAAGUCUUUAUGGAAAAACAAAUCCGCGACGGAAAGAAGCCAGCAUUACUGGCCAAACUUGCCGCGCAAGCACAAUUCCUUUACAGCCAGGCGAAAGAGGGUCUCGAAUCUGAUCAUGCGCGAGGGGUGUUUGAGCCUUCCUGGUUCAAACUGAUUCAGAUCAAAACGUUACACUUUUCUUCACUAGCAGAGUACUAUCAGGCAUUGGCUGAAGAAGAGACCAGUCAGCAUGGAUCUGCGGUGGCGCGAUUACAACUGGCGGAGAAGUCAAGCAAGCAAGCCUACUCAUUCGCAAAGGCUUUUCCCUCAUCACCACCCUCUGCUUCAAAUCUCGGGUCCGACACCGCUUCAACGCUGCAGUCAAUUACCCGAAGACAGAUGGAGAGUGUACAAGAGAAGCUGGUAUCUUCAGUCAAAGACAACGAUUUCAUCUAUCAUCAAACAGUGCCGCCGGAAGCGUCCUUGUCCCCGGUCACCAAAGUUCCAGCAGCAAAGGCCAUUCCCCUGUCCGAGCUAUAUCAAGGACAAGAUAUUCAAAGAAUCAUCGGGCCGGACAUUUUUCAGAAAAUUGUCCCUAUGUCAGUCACAGAAUCAGCAAGUAUGUACGACGAGGAGAAGGCAAAGUUAAUUCGAUCCGAGGCUGAGAAGGUCGAACAAGCAAACGGGGAGAUGGCCGCGAGUCUCGAUUACCUCAAGCUUCCCAACAGUCUCAAUGUUUUGAAGGGCGGUCUGGAACAAGAAAUGGGCGUCGAGAGGGAGUUUGAGCAAUGGUGUCAAGAACUGGCGAACCACCAGCCUUUUACCACGGCCUUUGAACAACUACAAAGAGACAAGCAGACUGUUUUGGACAGUUUGUCCAAGAGCACGAAACAACUUGACAUGGAAGAGAGUGUCUGCGAAAAGAUGCGAUCCAAGUAUGGGGCCGAUUGGACGCAGCAGCCGAGUUCCAGGUUGACGUCAACGCUCAGGGCCGAUAUCAAGAGCUACCGCGACACCGUGGACGAGGCUGGAAACAGUGAUGCGCAGCUGUUUUCGACAGCGCGCCAGUACGAAAACGAUUUUGAGGAGAUGCGUAAUGCGGGUGAACAUGGCGAGGCCGACGUUCUUUAUCAACAAGCAUUAAUUAAGGCUGGAUCUGGGUCGAAAACCAGAGGCAGAGAAGAUGAAGGUACGCUUCUCGACGAGGAUUAUGGAGAGGGAGGCCUGUCUGUUGGAGACCAGAUCGCGAAGGUCGAAGAUCUUCUACGGAAGCUCAAUCUCGUGAAACGCGAACGGAUGCAGGUUCUGAAAGAUCUCAAGGAGAAAGUCCACACCGACGACAUAUCAAAUGUACUCAUUCUGAACAAGAAGGCCAUUGCAAACCAAGAAAACCAAUUGUUCGAAGCCGAGCUCGAGAAGUUCCGAUCUCACCAGAAUCGGCUCAUCUCGACCGUCCACAAACAGUCCUCGUUGCUGAAAGAAUUGACCAAGACAUACGGCGACUUGCUGCAAGACAAACGAGUCCGAUCGGACCAGCAGAGGUACGAUGCGGUACAAAAGAGCAAGAGUAGUGUCAUGAACAGGUACCGAAGAAUAUUCAACGCGCACGAGGAUCUGAUCCAGGGGCUCAUGCGUGCGCAAGGAUUCUACAGCGAAAUGAAGGAGAGUGUCGACAGUUUGGAGAAGAACGUUGAUUCCUUCGUCAGCAACCGCAGAGCAGAGGGAGCGCAACUGCUUCAUCAAAUCGAGCAGACGAAGAACAGUUCAGCCGAUGGCCAAGCUGCUGCCGAGCAAAAGCGAAUGCAAGAGUUGAUGAAUCGCUUGUCGAUGGAACCAAAACCAACGUCGCCUUCGCAACCAGAGCCUCCGGCUCUUCCUCCUCUACCACCAAUAACUGCGUCGAGAUCCCCAGUACCGGUUUCACCAACACACCCUACCACAAAUGCCGACCCGCGGUUUACGAUCCCUCCUCGUCAUUCGCCGGCGCCGGUUAUACCCAACGGAUAUUCCAAUCAAUUUCAGCAGCCUCCUUCGCAGCCAACGAACCCGUCGCCGGUUGGUUCCCAACAUGCCUUUGCCCAAGGGGCAGCGGCGCCCCUUUCCUCAGGCUACAACCCCAUGGCUUACCCUGAAAGGUCCGUUACAUCACCGAACCAGCAGCCGGCUUCGUACGGCUUCUCGCCAAUCACCUCUCCCCCGCCCGGUUCGAUGAACACAUAUUUUUCGCAACCCGGCCAAGGUCACCAACCACUGGCAUUCACUUCCCCAAGCCACCAGUAUCCUCAGUACCCCUUCCCUCCCCAUCAACCGGGCGCACCUCCGCAAGGUGCCCCCUAUCAAAGUCCCUCGCCGCAUCCACAGGCACCCCAGUCCCAACCACCGUACCAGCAACACCCGUCUUAUCAGCCCUCGCCGUCCCCGUACAACAUACCUCAAAAUUACGUCCCUCCCCCUCCACCACCGGGCCCACCUGGCGGAGGCUCCACGACACAGUACCCCCCUAACCCGUCAGGAGUUUGGGCGAGCGGACCAGGCGGGUACGCGAACUAUACCCACCCCAUCAGGUAUGGGCAACAGAGUCAGCAGCAAAGUCAACCUCAGCUUCAAGGGCAGACGCAGCAGGCGCAAGCUGGGAGUAAUGGGAAUGCAGGAGGACAGGAGCAGGAUCCAUGGGCCGGGUUAAGUGCAUGGAAGUAG